CAGUCGCACGUGUGCGCGAUUUCUUGCCGCCAAACGACCCAGAAUGCAGAUUCCAGGAAAAAACCAAUAUGGCGACCUGCGCAUACCAGCUGCAGUCAUAAUAAUGACGAGGUCACUUGAUUUUUGCAUAAUUCACCUGGAUAUCUCUUAAAUUAUGCUUUAAAUUGCCAUCUGGGAAAAGAUGUCGAAUUUAAUUCCUCCGAUUCUAUCGACAACACCACCACCUCUGCCCGACAUUCCUGACGACGACGAUGACUUUGGUGACUUUGCAGUUGCGGACGAUCCUUUCCAUACGGACUGCGAGGUCUCCGAGCCAGUGGGUGGAGAGGGGAUUCCGUGGAGUGACGAGAGUUUGAAGAAAAGCACGGACAGAACGAGCCAAGAUUCGGUCCUCUCAGCAAAUUCUGACUCUGGUCUGUGCAGUGACAGCUCGCCACUUCCCAUCAUUGAGAAUAAUUGUGAUCACCAAGCCCUAAACUGUGAUGUGCCUUCGAGUGAAAUAAUUCCGCAAGCACAAUGUGAUUUGCCAAAGACAAGUACAAACGGUGAAAUUGAAAUUGCCUCGUCCAGCGACAUUGUCAAUUCAAAGGAUGGUGACUUGGGCAUCCAAUUAGAUGACCUGGCAGUUGCUUGUGAACAUCAAGAUGUGGAAGAGAAAUGUGAAAUUAGCAACAAUUUACAAGAGCCAAUUUUUAUCGAAAACUCUGGUGCGAGCCAAUUUCCUGAGGUGAACAGUUUAGAAUCAAACUUUGAGACGCAAACUUUAAAAGACCCAGUAACGAUAGCUGAGAGUGAAAACAAAUUUGCCAUAGAUUGGGACAGUAUCAAUGAAGAACCUGUAAACAAACAUGUCAAAGAGGUCUCUAAAGAGAUUUAUAAUUUUGAACCCAAACUUCCAAGUCCUGAGCACAAUGACUUAAAAAAUGAAGAGGAUAGACUUUCGGAUGAAAAUAUUGAAUUUUCGACCCAGCCAAGUACUGCUUGUGUAGAUUUUAAAAAUGAGAAAGAUUGGCCCAAGAGAAAUGGAAUUUGUGCAGAUGAUGAGGUUGUUUCAAACCAGGACGAUUUUGAAAAACUGGAAGUCAAUUGUACUCUUUCUUCCGAGGCUGAAAGCAAUCAGGUUCCUUUGGUAGAUAAUUGGGACGGUCUUAAAACAGAAGUUGAAAAUGUAACUGAACAACCGCCGUCAAUUCAAGACGACAUAGAAUUUGAUUUGUCCACCAAAGACGAAGAAACGACUGAAAGCUUUGGCUCACUAGAUGAGAGGCCGCAGAGCCAAAACAGUGACGGAUUCAGAAUUUUUGAGAGUGCUAAACAAUUAUCAUCAGACAUUAACGAUUCCGCCACGGCCAGCAAUGCCCAGGAUGACGAAGACUUUGGAAACUUUGCUGGUUUUGAAGAUUCAACAGACUUCAAAGCAUUUCAAUCGGAGGCUGAUUCAGAUUUUGUAGCAUUUAAAGAAUUUUCCUCGACGACAGCAGCCGACGAUAACUGGGUCAUGCUCGAAGAAAAUACCAACAAUCUCCCGACUGCUAUUGAAGAAGACGAUUUUGGAGAUUUUGAAGAGGCAGAUGACCAAUUUGAGUUUUCUAACCCUGUUGAUGAUGUGCUCGACGAAGAUACAAAGUCGGAGUCAAUUGAUUUUUAUAGUCAACCUGCUAAGAUUAAAGAAAUAGUUGAAAGUAUUUUUGACAGCGAGACUCAACUUGAUUUGCCGCAAGCUCUAAGCCCGCUCAGUACACACCUGAAACACUUAUGGCCCGAAAUCCAAGACGUCCAAAAUACUCCUGCCCUAGAGUUUCUGUGGAACAACUCAAAGAGCCACGACCAGAUGCUUUCUUCUCUUGGAAUUGAUACUAGAAAUAUUCUGUUCGGACACCAAUGGAAUAGCUCCAUGCCCAGAUUUGCCGCUAAUUUGGGGCACAAUCCUUUAGAACCUACAAAAGCCACAGAUUCCCUGUUAGCAGCUAACUCUGUUGUUCAAGAGCAGGAUAGUGUACCCGCGGCACAAUUUGACUGGAACGGCAGUGGUCUAGUGAAUCCCUUAGAUUGCAAAGGCAAGUCUGAAAAGAAAUCAUUGAGUGCAGCUGCCCAGAAGGUCCUCUCAAGCUUACCAGAUCUCUCCUACAUGAGAGCCUCAAACUUGCCUCACUCGUAAGUUUGUCAGGUUGUCUAAAAAAUUGCUGAUUUCAAUUCGAGUGAGGCUAAACAAACACUGAAAGCACCCAUGUUCAUAAUACUUGUCUCUCGUGAAUGCCUUCUGUGCAUCAACCUGAAUUAUACAUUCCAUUGCUAAUUAAUUAUUGUCGUCAAGUGUAAUUGUGAUUGAGUGGCAAAGUACUUCUUAUUUAUCAAUAAAUGAUAUUAUAUGUUAAAUUUUAAAA